CAAAAAUAAGUGUAUGGGAAGUGAAGAGCUUUCUAGGCCGUAAAAACUUGCUUUAAUGAUUUAACAUGGGAGUGAAAAUAUUGUCACAGAAAUUGAGUCCAAAUAUAAGAAAAGGAUGCAGAAACUACGGCAGGAGGAAGAACUGAGACGCAAAACAGAGAUUCAUGAGCUCGAGGAACGAAAGAACAGUCACAUCAACAUGCUGAUGAUGAAUCAUGAAAAGGCUUUCAGAGACAUCAGGAACUACUUCAAUGACAUUGUCUACAAGAAUUUGGACCUUAUCACUUCACUCAAGGAAGAGUUGAAGGAGAUGAAAAGGAAGGAGGAGAAGAGAAAUAAAGAGAUGGCUGAAGUGCUUGAGGAGAAUAAGGACCUUAGAGAGUCUCCACAAAAGGCCAAAGAGGAAGUCGCAGAACUCCAGAAAUUGCUCUCCAACUAUGAUAAGGACAGGAGUGCUCUAGCUAGAACAAGAGCUCGUCUCAAAAUAUCUGAGAGAGAAAUGAAGGAGCUUAAGUGGGUGCAUGAAGUGUUGGAACAGAGAUUUACUAAGGUUCAGUUGGAGCGAGAUGAGCUGUACAUGAAGUUCACUAAAGCCAUCCAGGAGGUUCAGCAAAAAAGUAGCUUUAAAAACCUGCUACUGGAGAGCAAACUGAGUGCACUCAAUGACACACUGAAGAAGAAGGAAGCGCAGCUCAGUGAGGUGCUGUCUGCUUCCAACCUGGACCCCAACACCCUCAACAUGGUCACCCAUAAACUAGAGGAAGUUUUGGAGUCCAAAAACCAUGCUAUCAGAGACUUACAGUAUGAAGUGGCACGAGUUUGCAAGGCCCAUAAUGACCUGCUGAAGACUUCUGUAGCAAAGCUGCGGGCAUUUGGGAUCCCUGUGGAAGAACUCGACUUUAAGCCACUCGAAAGCAGUUCUGGGCAGAGUCUUGGUCAGGGCCCUGCUUCCCUUGUUUCUGCUCCAAAUUAGCAAGAAAAGGAAAAA